AUGGUUGCGCAGUCGCUUAGCUCGCUCCUGCAGCAGGCGUCCAUUGACGAUCACGAAGAAGUCAUUCAGUCCUGCAACGAUGUUCUCGCCAAAUCAAAGAACGAUCUGACUGCACAGCAUAUCAAAGUCAUUGCCCUACUUAAACUGGAUCGAUAUGAGGAUGCGCUGCGCGCUCUGGAGGCCGGAGGUGAUGCGUUGAAGAAGCAGGCUGGAUUCGAACAUGGCUAUGUGCUCUAUAAAUUAGGCAAGCUCGAGGAGGCCUUGGAGACUGUGGCUCGAGCGACACCCUCACGGGGCGCUAGCCACCUGGAAGCUCAGGCAAGCUACCGUGCUGAGCAGUUCCGCCGUGCCGCCGACAUCUACGAGAAACUCGCCCAACAGGAUUCAUCGCACGAGGCGAAUGAUUUGAGCAUUAAUUCAUGGGCAACCGAUGCGCAACUCCAAUGGAAGGGCGAAUCGGACUAUGUGCGCCAUGAGCGACCUUCCCGGGAGGAUUUGGAGUCGUUCGAGACAUCCUACAAUGCUGCGUGCUUAAAUAUUGCUAAGGGUCAAUUGCGCCAGGGCGAAGUAUUGCUGAACCGGGCGAAGAAUAUCUGUCAAACCGCUGAGGAUUUAUCGGUCGAGGAGAAGGCAGCGGAGCUGCUUCCUAUAUCCGUGCAAUAUCUAUACGUCUUGAUGCAGCAAGGAAAGACAGAAGAAGCCGAGGCCCUUCUCAAUGAGAUCGCCGUGGAUGACAUCUCGGAGUUGUCUACCAAAAAGAUCGCUAAAAAUAACAUCGUACUUGCUCAACAAAGCGCACUCAACCCCUUCAUCCUUUACAAGGCUCUCCACGAUACCCCAGAUGCAAAGGAUAACGAUCGAUUGUUUGAUUUCCAGAGCAACAUCCUUACCGGUAACUCCCACGCCGUGGAUCUUCUCGUACAGAAAUACGAUGGCAUGAUCCGAUCAACAGCGAAGGGUCUUGCUAAAAGCUCCUACCCUGCUGGUGAUGCAAAGACGAACCUCCUCUCCGUCUACAACGCCGCGGCCCAUGCCCAGGGCCAAGAAGGUCAAAGAGCCUUGAAGAAAAUUCUUCCCCUCCUGGAGCGAAGGCCGAAGGAUCUGGGUCUACUCUUGACUGUUGUCCAGCUUUACGUCAACUCCGGCAACACGACCUCGGCCAUCACCGCUAUUGAGCGAUCACUCCAUAUCCUGGAGGAAUCGAUCUCUGAAGCUGACCAAGAAGCUCGCUUCAAUCCUGGCUUACUCAGUGUCCUUGUUUCCUUGUAUCAGCGCGAAGGUCGCAAGCUCCAGAUUCGUUCGACCCUCGCACAAGCUGCUUCCUACUGGCGCAACAAGCCUGAGCCACCAUCCUCUCUUCUUCGCGCUGCCGCCACAUCUCUCUUGCACUCUGAAAAUCCCUCAGACUUAAACAUAGCGGGAGACUUGUUCCGGUCCCUGUAUCAACAAGACUCGAACGACCGUGUUGCUAUUGCUGGCUACAUCGCGUCUAAAGCUACAUCGGAUUACUCGCAAAUAGAGUCACAGCUCAACGACUUGCCCGCAGUCGACGAGCUUAUCGCAGAUAUUGACAUCGCCGCCCUUGAGUCUGCUGGUAUUCUUCCCUCAGCUUCGUCAGCCGCGGCGGCGGCCGCCGCUUUCGCUGGUGCCCGUAAGCGCUCUGCUGUAAAUAAGGAUGGCCGUUCUGCGAAACGUGUGCGUAAGUCGCGGUUACCAAAGGACUACAACCCAGACAAGAAGCCCGAUCCCGAGCGCUGGCUGCCACUCCGCGACCGAUCUUCCUACCGACCCAAGGGCAAGAAGGGAAAGCAACGUGCUGCGGAGCGUACCCAAGGAGGCCCUGUGUCUGAGAAGACGGAGGAGUCUAUGCCACAGCAGAAACCUGGCGGUGGCGGCGGCGGAGGAAACAAUGCUAAGAAGAACAAGAAGAAGGGCAAGCGGUAG